AAACGGUUGCUUUUAGCCUGUCCCUUCAACAAGAAGGACCCAGCACGCUAUGGUCGCUGUCACCGAGUGACACUGACCAAAAUCUCAUUCGUAAAACAACAUCUGUCAAGGAAGCAUCAACUGCCGAUAUACUGCUCCAGAUGCAUGAGCACCUUUGAUACAGAGGCGGAAAGGGACACCCACGCAAGAGCCAGCGCAUGUGAACUGAGCCCUAUUGUGAAUUUGGAGGGUAUAACAGAAGCACAGAGAAAAAGAUUGCGCGAGAAGGUCCCAUCGGGAAUGAAUGAAGAACAGCAGUGGUUCACCAUCUUCGAUAUGCUCUUUCCAGAUUUUUCUCCUCGGCCAAGAACAGCAUACAUCGACCCCGAUCUCUCGGAAGAGCUUUGCUCAUUCCGUGACUUCGCCACAAAUGCAGGGUCCGGCAUCAUGAUACAACAGUUGAGGGACAAUGGUUUUAUUGGCGAUCUUUGCGACUCGCAGAUAUCAUCGUUGUUGGAGACUGUGAUCACAGACGGUUUCCAGGUGAUAAUCGAGCGAUGG